CACUUCACUCUCAAUCUCACACUUUCUUUCUUUCUCUGAAUCUCUCUGCUGCAAUGGAUUGAUAUACCCUUAUGCUGUGUGGCUUUAAUAAAGUCAUUAUACUACAUGUCAAUAUCUGUGUCACAAUGUUAUGUUACCUAGCUUUUUAUCCAGAAAAAAAAGAGUUUAGAGAAAAUCAUCACUACUAAAAAAAUAUUUUUUUAUGACGCACAUACGACAUUGAUCUUCUGAAAUCAUUGUAAUAUAAUACGCGGUGACACUUUCGUAAUUACGAAAUUUGAAAAUGAAGACAGUCAUAUGAAAAAUCAUCUUCGAAUGAUACAUAUGAUAAUUUUCACAAUGUUUUUGGAAAAAUCGCCAUGGUUUUUGUAUCAUUUAGUCGUGUGAACUCAUUUAAUUAACUGAGUCAAUUUCGUGCCCUCAGUCAGUACACUCACCACCUGCGCGCUGCCCUCACUCAGCUCACCCUCUUCGUCACUCACCCUUCCAUGCCGGCCCGCCCUGUCAUCGAACAUAUUUGGCCGCCAUUCAAUUACUACCGUCAUCAUCCAAGAUCAUUGCAAUCCAAAUAUUCUAGCGAAGCCAAAGUCAGAGAUUCUUGGAUUCAUUUCUUCAUCAAGCAAUAUAUUGCUUGCCUUCAAAUCCACAUAUCUUUAUGCAGUGCUGUUGGGUCACAUACCAUAAUUAAUGGCAAAGAAGUUGUCAAUUUUUUAUGCAGUGCUGCUGGGACAAUUGAUGUCCACCUUGACUGUGAAGCAAGAAUAGCAAAAAUUUUAGGAACCCCUGAAUCAUUUAUGUACUCUGAUGGACUUUCCACCAUGUUCAGUGUAAUUCUUGCUUUCUCUAAAAAAGGAGAUGUAAUUGUGAUGUAAGUAUGCCUAAGUUUGUCUUUGAAUAUUUUCUUUGUAAUAUUUAGUUUUUCAUGUGUUUUUUUUUACCUCAUGACAUUUAUUUAUGCUUUUAGUGGGCAUUGACAUCACAAAUAAAAGUAUUUGGUACUGCAACCUAAGUGACAUUUUGUACUGGAGCCUGCAGUGAAAUACAAGAUUUAUCCCACCUUGGCCAUAGUGAAAUACUGGAUUCAUCCCACUUUGGCUAGUGUUAUUUUUGUUUUAUCAUUCUUUGGCUAUAGUGAUUUUAUGUGUGGUUUAUAUGUCUUCUCAACAGAAAAUUAACAUAAAUAUAGUACAUUCUUGUAACUUGUAAUAUCAUUUUUUUUGUCAAACUA